UUAAAUCUGAAAUAAAAAUAUUUGUGUUAUCAGCAAAGAGCAGCAGAAUAGUAUUAGUGGAAAUAUAAAUUAUAAAUGAUUUAUGUAGACAUUGAAAAGUAAGAAUCCCCAAAUUAUAUGAUUUGGCUUUGAUAAAAUUACAAACAAUUCAAAUUUAUCUUAAACUAAAUCAAGCUUACUGUUAAGGGAGGGAGGGAUAAGUCAUCUGGUUUAGGUUAAGGAUGAUUACUUAUCUGGAAAAUUGACUUAAACACCAUUUACCAUGUUCUUAAAUAGUUAGACUAACAUAUAUUUGUGGUUUAAAUAAAGGAGGUAGUUUAGAUAAAACGUAAUGCCUCACAUUUUAGAUUGGGACACCAUUGUUGUUACGCGGCUAUUAAUGUGUAUCUAAUAGCGCCACCCAGUGUCCGGGUUGAGACCUUGCGGCACACGUUUUCACGUAGGUUGACAACAAAUGUCCCGCCCAGCAUUGAAACUUUGGCGGUGCCUUAAUGGAGACGCUUGUUUUUAUUUAACGUUUAACUAAAAGGGGCGGGACUUUCCCACCAAACUACAGUUUUCGUAUGGAUUAACCCGCCCAUCGACAACCGGUAAACCCGGAGAACCCAAACGAACGUGUUCCUGUGACGUAGUAGCUCUGCUUUAAAAAUCGCUUGUUUUGUCCGGAAGCUGUGUUUUUUUCGCUAGCUAUGUAACUUUUUCGACAAUUGGUAAGCAAAAAGAAGAAGGUAAUAUGAAUUCAAAUGUAGUCCUAAUAUCGACUUAAAAAUAAUUUAAACACGGUGGCUUUUUGAAAAUGUGUGUCGGCGUAACAGUUGCCAGUUGUUUUGUUGUCUCAUUUUGAAUUAUUUUACCGCCACGCCACUAUGUUUACUGACAGACACACUAAUGUAAAGUUGAAGAAAGGAGUCAUCAAUCAGCUUAUAUUAGUUGACAAAAUGUUUAGACUGUUUUGAUGGAGAGGGGUGGCGAAGGAGACCCGAGUUCUGAUGAAAAAGGGGGAGUCCAGGCGCCAGGCGGCGGCUGCUCAGACACCGAGCACGCAGCAGCAGGAGUUAGAAGAUGGAGAGGAGGAUGCUGCACCGACACAAUACCCGUUGAGUACAUCAAUUGAAGCUCCAAGGGAGCAGAGGACGCUUUCAAACCGGGUUCAGGGGAAUUGUGAAGAGGCUGGAGUCAGUAGGUCACGUGAUUUGAUUCCUAAAAGCCAAGCAGGAGCUUUAAACCCAGAAAAAGAUGACAAAAGUGUGUCUCCCACAAGCCUUUUGGGCACCCGUGAUCCAUCCACAUCAAGCCCCUCAUCCACCUCUUGGUCCUCCAGCUGUUACGAUAUGGUUCUUUCAUCUUCCUCCGCAUCCUCUCAUUCUUCUGGCGUGUCUCUGAGUCCACCGUUGCCUCCGUCUGUGGAGGUCUCAGCUGUGUUGACUGACACAAGACUAACUCUGGACGUGUACCACGGGGGAGCGGGGGCAUUGCCAUUGCUGUGGGGGUCCGUUCCAGCCGAGCUGAGAGGGAUCCAGUACCUCAGGCUUGGUUCUGAGGACAGAUCCGGGCUGGACGGUGCCCUGAAUGUGCUAACAAACCUCACAGAGCUGCGCUCACUUGCUAUCCGGGGACACCGUCUGUAUGACUCGAAGGGGGAGCCUCUGCCUGGCCUCCUCACCUCUUUGCCCUCAUCCGUGUCUUCUCUCGCACACCUGGUGCACCUGGACCUCUCCUUCAAUCAGCUCUCCUGUGUGCCCCCCUGCCUGCUGAUCCUGCCUCUGCUAUCCUCUCUGCUGCUUUGUCACAACAUCAUCUCGGCGUUGCCUCCUGAGAUAUGCCAGCUGUCCUCUCUAACCUACCUCUCCCUCCUGGGCAACACAUUGGGGUCCCUUCCUUCAAGUUUGGGCCAACUGAAGGCACUGCAGAAACUUAACGUGUCACACAACCUCCUGGAAGAACUACCAGAUGAAAUCGGCAGUCUGAGCGAGCUUGUUCAACUGGAUUUGUCCCACAAUAAACUAAAGCAGCUUCCAGAGAGCAUGGGAUCUCUCUUUUCUCUCAGGGAACUUGUUAUCUACAGCAAUGACAUGCGCAUGGUUCCAUCGUGUCUAAGCAAACUGCCUCAGCUUAAAAUAGAUGCACGGGACAAUCCUUUGGGAAAACCUCCAACACCUCCUCCUCUUCCUCCUACACUUGGUCCAUCAGCGACAAAAAUGCCCGAGCUGCACCUUGGAUUUAAUCAGCACAGUUUUUGGGUUACCCCUGCUGGGUGUCAUGUAUUUCUUCCCGGAGGGGCUGAGCUGGUGUUUCCGUACCGUUGCCUGCUGACAACCACCAGACUGAGCUGGGCCGAGAAGAGGCCGAACAGGAAGUGGGUGUGGCUGGAGGAACACGACAUCCUACUAAGUCGUCCACUGGAACUUCGUCCUCAUGGUGUUGAAUUUUUAAAGCCGGUGGAGGUGUGUGUGCCGUAUCAUCGAAAAAAAAGGAGGGAAGUAGUCGUGCGGAGGUUUGAUGGAGAGUUAUGGAGUACUCUGUCCACUGACGUGAGGAGAGGAAGCAAACACAACUGUUGCCAUCCUGGGGGGCAUCCAGUCAGGCUGGCAUGCUGUUCGGUGAGAAGCUUCUCGUGGUUUAUGGCGGUGGCCAGACCAGUUCGGGACAGCUGCUCCGUCACUCCCACCGGAGCCCUGCUGGUGUCCAGCGCUCAUCCUGGAAUCAAGCUUCACUUUCCUCCCGACUCCACCGCACAGACUCGCUCUGUGACUCUUCAGGUGCUGCAGGUUUCUGAGUCAACAGUCCAGGCUGUGUGUGGUGAUCCUCAGGUCAGAGUCAGCCCCCUUCUCUGUCUGUCCCAGAAUCCCUGCCUGCAUUUCCUUCAGCCAGUCAAAGUUCAGAUCCCUCUACCAUCUGGACUCACAGGCCACACAGCAGAUCUCUCCUGCCUGCAUCUGCUCCACGGAGAUCCUGCUGCACAAACAUGGACCGACAUUACAUCACAAGUGUCUCUCUAUGUCACCCAUUUGUACGCCAUUUUCUACAUCACACACUUUUCUUGGUACUGGCUUUGGUAUACCACUCAGCGCUGUGUCAGUGGGGUGGUCCGGAAGGUUUACCAGCGCCUAAAACAAUUCAAAGUCCAGUUCCUUGUCCUUCAGAGGAAGACCGAUCCCUCCCAGGUUCUGCUGCAGUGUUUACCUACCAAUAAGGUAGAGAGCAGAGUGAAGUUUUUAUCAGAGCAAUACGAUGGCCCCCAACCCUCAGACCUGUGUGACCUGCUGGAAGGCGAGCAAUUCUUCGCUGGCUUUGAGAGAGGCUUAGAUAUCAGCACAGACAGUCCAGAUUGUGUUAGCGGUCGGCUUUGUUUCGUGUUUUACUCGAGCCUCAAGAACCUGAAGGAGGUGUACAUCUGUCCGGUCCAGGGCCAGACGGGACCCGUGAGGGGACAGGUGUCUUUCUACAGAGGAGAGAUUCCCAGUAAUCUUCCAGAGGAAGUGGCCAGAAAGAGGAAAGGACUUGACAACCAGUGGCUCGCUACGCUACCAUUAAAGCUUCCCGCCCUAAACUCAGACAACAGCUACAACUUGGAUGAGCAGCAGUAUCCUCCUCUGAACCUGGGUGACCCUGAGAGCGGAUACCUGACAGAAGCCAACCUGCUCUCAAUCUCUCUUCAGAUUGGUCAGGACUGGCGGGUUAUCGGCAUCAAUCUUGGUUUAAGUUACCAAGAGCUGGAGCGCAUUGAAUACAAACACAGGGACAACCUGGGUGCCUUGGUGCUGCACAUGCUGUUCCACUGGGCCCACCAGCAGAAGAGUGCAGGGCCUGGGGCAGUGUCCAGACUCACCGCCGCUAUGAUAGAGAGUGGCAGGAGGGACCUGGCUGAAGAGAUUGAGGACAUCGUCAAUAUAGGGAGGAGAAAAUACUCCGAGUCGUUGAGGAGAGUCGGCCUUGAAGCCGAGGGUUCGUGUCCCGCUGAAGCGCAGCAGCAGAUAAACCCACACUGAGUGCAGAUGGCAGCUUGUUUACAGUGGGUCACAAUCAUUUUGUCUGGCUCUUUGGACCAACAUCCUCGUCGCACAAAAGUCUAUGUGGAGGUUUUGAUGUAGUUUUACGUCGUUUAAGAGGAUGAGGUUUUUAAAACAAAUAGGUUUAAGCUAAUUUCAUAUUUUCAAAGAAAUUUGGUACAGACUG